AUGGGCUGGAGGGGCGGGCGGUGGCGGUGCACCUGCUGGACCUGGCGGGGGCUGGCCCUGGAGCAGCAGCUGGCGCGGAUAGCGCAGACCGACCUGCUGGUGGGCAUGCAUGGGGCGGGGCUGGCGCACGCCCUCCUGGCGCGGCCGGGGACGGCGCUGCUGGAGCUCUGGCCGCAGCCCGAGGGCAUCUGGCGCUGCUAUGAGCACUUUGCGGAGUGGGCGGGCCUGCACUACGGGCGCUGGGCCAACCCCGACCCCAGCAAGCACCAGAAGAGGGGCCCCACCGGCGACACGACGGAGGUGGAUGUGGCCGCUGUGGCAGAGCUGGCGCGACAGCUCCUCACCCAGGUGGUCGCCUCGUCGGGUGCUCGCCAGGGCAGCUGA